AUGAAAGCCCCCGCUGUCUUUGGCAGCACACAGUCAUCUCCUCUUUUCCGCCUCACGCCCCUCCUCCGGCGUCACAUCUACCGCCUCGUCGGCCUGGAAUCGUGCGAUAGCGACGACCCGCCGUUUGGGUUUGACCUGCAUAUAGGAAAGGCCUCGUAUGACGCGCCGGCUGCCUCCAAUUUCCACGGCCUGCUGCUUUCCUGCCGGGACUUGUAUACCGAGGCGGCGGCUCUACUGUAUUCGGCAAACCGCUUCUUCAUCUACUACACGCGCCCAGGGUCCCUCGGGCCACUGCGCUCUUUGACUGCCCCGUCACUCGCAUCGCUCACCCACCUCAAGAUCGUUCUCAACCAGUCUUCCUGCCAUCACCCGGACAGUGUCCUCGUUGACUGCGGGUUUUGCUGCUUGCACGGCCGCCUAAGCAGUGGCGCGAACGAGUGCGAAGAGGAACACGGCGGGCGGCAUCGACCCCCUCUCCUCAGUGGCUCGGACGACGACGGGUUAGCGAGACUGCGAGUCCAAGGCAUGUUGAACGAGUGGCACUCGACCACUGCUCACCUCUCAGCCCAUAUCACUUCGCGCCUCGAGCUCUCCCUCGUCUGCGACCUCGACCCCCAGAACGGUCAUGCGCUCGAGGUGGCCGAAUCCAUCACCGCCCCGCUACACGGCCUUUCCACGUCGCUCAGAAACUGCCACGUCCGGCUCUCCAAGGCGGUGGAUUCUCGGCUCCAGGAGGUGGCUCGAGAUGCUGUCAUGCAAGCCCGUGGCAUCGAGACCCCUUAUUUGAAGCCAUCGCAAACGGCAACGGCAACGUCAUUGAUGGACCUUCCGCGCGAGCUCCGCCUCCAUAUCCUCGAAUACACCGAUCUCAUCGUCCCGUGGAGGGAGGUCACAUGGAGUCGACAGAACCCCGGAUAUAUGGUACUUCCCGGCGAAAACGGUCCUGACCUGUUGAGUUGGAACGACUUUACGCCCUCGCUCUUCAACUGCUGGGAAAUCAAAAAUGCUCAUCCUCCGGUAUCCGUUGGUUGUUUUUGCCGCCGCUAUCAUUCGGCAUUUUCCUCCGAUUGCCGUUGUUGGGUCCCUCCCAGUUCCUUAUUUCUUGUCUGCCGCGCCCUAUACCAAGAUGCAUUGUUCGUCUUCUUCUCGGCCAACGAGCUUUUCGUCCACGAUCUCUGCUCAGACCCGCCUUGGUGGGCAUCGGACUUGCCAGAGCCAGAACAACGACCGGGAUAUCUCGAACCCAAACCCUGGCGCGACUACCCCCACGAGCGCUUCGCCGCCUCCCUGUUUCUCAGGGAAGUCGUUCCUGUUUGCGCCCUCGCUCACCUCCGUUUCCUCGAGCUCGUGUUCCCCCCUUACCUUGGCCCAAGCUGGCCGCAAGCCGGUCAGCCCGCGAUGCAGGACUGGUGGGCAACGGUCGACUGGCUCCGGGACAAGAUAAAUGCGCCUCGGCUCACCCUACGGCUGAUAGGAACUGACCCACCCUCGGGCAGUAGAGUCGCAUACCUUGCCACGGGCCCGUACCGCGUCACGAUAACAGUGGCUGAGGGGGAUGCAAUCAUGCAAUCCUACAUGGACAUCCUGCGUCCUUUGAGAAAGUUGGCCGAGGGGGGCAACGGUCUCGCUAGGGUUCAUGUCAAUUUUCGCUAUCCGUGGCAAUACACCGAGGCCUCGAGGAGCCGCGAAGAAGAUGUCGAUUACCGUUGCUGGUUGGAUGACAGGAGGAGGGAAACGAACGACAGGCUCGAACGCUAUGUCAUGGGCGAUCGCUACGGUAGCCUCUGCGAAAACAACCAGGAGGACUUGCCGUCUAGUCGUUGGCUCUCUCGGUUUUACGGCCAUUAAUGAGUCAGUCUGUACAGUUCAUGAGUCACAACCAAGGCAGCUUAAGUUAGGUAGCACGGCUGUUGUUAUCCAAACUGAU